UGGUGUGAAUUCACUUCUGAGCUAGCCUUCUGAGCCUGGCUGCUUCCAGCAGGCUUGCUGGGAAGCUCAUCUCCUUUAGGACCCAUUGUUGCAGCAGGAGGCCAUUAAUUACAUAAUUUCAAGUGAUUUACACUUAAUUCCACUAAUGCUUUUUCAUUAAUUGAAAGCAUUUUGAAAUAUUACUGGCAAAUGCAAAGAAUAAAGAUGUUUGCUGAUUGAAAAUGUGCAGGUCACACAGGCAAUGGAAGAGCCAGCUGUGGGCUCACCUUUCCACUUAACAGGUCUGAGUUUCCCAAAGAAGGGGGUCUUCCCUUAGCCCCUUCCAUAUGCCCACCUCCAACAGUUUCCCACAACAGAUGCUCAGUAACUUUUCUGUGGAAGGUGAAUGGAGAGCAGGAAGGAGAGGCCACAGGAAUAAUGAAGAAAAAUCAAAGCUAUCCAAAUAAUUAACCUAGGACCAUCACCCACAUUUGACAAUUUCAUCUUUUGACUUUAAUAUUCUGAAAUAAUUGGGUUCUGAGGUAACUCUUAAAUUGCUUCAUUUCCAAAAUUCAUUUUGGUCACAACAUCCAGGAGCAACAAUCCAUCUGCUAAUCAAUAAAUAACAUUUAGAUACUGCUGUAAGAAAGGCAACCCAGCACAAAACCAAUAUUGUCAGCAACCCAGAACAACUCUAAUUUCCUGACAGAAAUCGAUUCCCCGCCAAAGUGAUUAUUGUAAAUAUUUAUAGUUCUAAAAGAAAAACUCAUCACUGUAGGUUUUUGAGCAGUUCAUUUCCAAAUAAGUUUCUGGUGGGCCCCACCUAACCAUCCAUCUUGCAUCCACGAUGGGGGGUGUGUGGGGGUGGCAGUAGCUCUGUGGAACACCUCUUUUGGAGGUCCUUCGUAGUUGGUGCUCCUGGGAGGUGAUAUUGUCAAGUGGAAAAACACUGGGCAUGGAGAGGCAAGUCGACGGUACUCUAACAUAAACACGUUUCCCAAGCUUCAGCCACUUGAAUUCUGCUUUUCCAUUUAUGAUUUUCACCACUUCUCUGCGUUAUGUAUACCAUUUCAAGUUGAAUACUUAAAAAAGAAGUAACCUAAGUUGUAUUUACAGCAAUAACUGCCAUCAACAAAAAGUCAGUUGUUCUGUACGGAAAUGCAUUCAAUAAUCGUCUAGCUCUGUUAUCUGUAGGAAUAGUUACUACAUGGGAACUACAAAGUGACUUGGGAAGCUUAAGAGGGCCACCUGAGAAGUUAUCUGAGCUAGAACUAAAGGGAGCCUUAGAGCGAACCACCUGAACAUCAAAAACAAAAACAAGGUCAUCAGAUUUCAGAUAGGGGAGCCCAGCAAGGUGAGAGGGGAGGUCACACCCAGGCGAGGGCUGCGAGACGGAUCCGGCCGGAGGGGUCGCUUCUGCACGUGGAGCGCAGGCUGUCCACCCUACCUACCGACCAAACCAAGCUGGGCACCCUGAGCGGCCGGCGUUUCGCUCUCGGGGAAACAUUGCAACCCGAGGGUGGUGCAGGCUGUAUCCACCCGAGUGCAAAUCAAUAACUGAGACCAAGAAAAGUUCCUGCUAAAGCAGCAGUAGUACAGGUGGUAGGAGCUGGUAAAACGGCGCCGGGAGACCAAGUCCGAACUCCGCCUCCGGGUCCAACUCCGCAGCCCACGUGCCGGUGGGAGGUGGGCGGGCAGGUGCAGGGCAGGACCGGGAAGCCUCCGGAUCCGAGAUCCGUACUCCGGGCACCCGCAGAACCGCUUCCUGGGCGUGGCUUAAAACGCGGAGUGGCGGACCCUCUGGAAUGGAGGCAGAGCGCGUCCACUGGGCGCGAGCAUGCGCACUGGCCCGGCAGCGCCGCUGGGGGAGGGCCCCCGUGGAGGACGUCGCUACGCAGGCGUCCGAGCCCCGUGGGGAGGAGGGCGAAGACUCCAUCCGCCAUGUUGGAUGCCGCAGAUUCGCCAUAACCUCGCCUGCUCUUUUCUUAAAAAAAUAAAAAUAAAAAGCGAAGCGCCAGCGGGUCGCCCCGCCUUCUCGGUCGUUACAGGAGGGGUCCCGGAAGAGCCGAGGCUUUUUUUUCCUCCGCGGUGGGGGCGUUGCCAUGGAGACGCAGGCGGCAGAAAGCACGGCCAUCUUCAUGUGCAAAUGCUGUAAUCUCUUCUCGCCAAAUCAGUCGGAGCUCCUCUCCCAUGUGUCUGAGAAACAUGGGGAUGAAGGGGUCCGUGUGGAUGAUAUCAUCAUUCCCCUUAGGCCCCUGAGUACUCCAGAUGCUCCCAACCCAAGCAAGACUGGAGAUGAGUUUUUGGUCAUGAAGAGGAAGAGAGGCAGGCCUAAGGGGUCCACGAAGAAGCCCAGUGCUGAAGAGGAGCUGGUGGAAAACUUUGUGAACCCUAGUGACGAGGGUCCACUGGCUCCAGAGGAGGGGGCUGGCUUGACUCCGAGCAGCCUGGAGUGUGGCAAGUGCUGUCGGAAGUUCUCCAACACGCGCCAGCUGCGGAAGCACAUCUGCAUCAUUGUGCUGAAUUUGGGUGAGGAGGAAGGAGAAGCAGGUAAUGAGUCGGAUAUUGAACUAGAAAAGAAGUAUAAAGACGAUGAUCGAGAAAAGGGCCCGAAAAGACCUCGGGCGCAGAAAACAGAGAAGGUCCAGAAGAUCUCAGGAAAGGAGGCGGGACAGCUUUCUGGAGCCAAGAAACCCAUCAUCAGUGUGGUUCUAACUGCUCACGAAGCCAUUCCAGGUGCUACCAAGAUCAUUCCAGUGGAGGCGGGGCCUCCCGAAACAGGAACAGCAAAUCCCGAUACCACUGCGGCAGAUCUGGUGCCUCGGAGAGGGUACCAGGAAUACGCCAUUCAGCAGACCCCCUAUGAGCAACCCAUGAAGUCAAGCAGGCUAGGUCCCACCCAGCUGAAAAUCUUCACUUGUGAGUACUGCAACAAGGUCUUCAAGUUCAAGCACUCAUUACAGGCCCACCUGAGGAUCCACACCAACGAGAAGCCCUACAAGUGCCCCCAGUGCAGCUAUGCCAGCGCCAUCAAGGCCAACCUCAACGUGCACCUGCGCAAGCACACCGGGGAGAAGUUUGCUUGUGAUUACUGCUCUUUCACUUGCCUCAGCAAGGGCCACCUCAAGGUGCACAUCGAGCGGGUGCACAAGAAGAUCAAGCAGCACUGCCGUUUCUGCAAGAAGAAGUACUCCGAUGUCAAGAACCUCAUCAAGCACAUCCGGGACACACAUGAUCCGCAGGACAAGAAGGUCAAGGAGGCCUUGGACGAGCUCCGCCUGAUGACCAGGGAAGGCAAGCGGCAGCUGCUGUAUGAUUGCCACAUCUGUGAGCGCAAAUUCAAGAACGAGCUGGACCGUGAUCGCCACAUGCUGGUCCAUGGUGACAAGUGGCCCUUUGCUUGUGAGCUCUGUGGCCAUGGGGCCACCAAGUACCAGGCUCUGGAGCUGCAUGUCAGGAAGCACCCCUUUGUGUACGUCUGUGCCAUCUGCCUCAAGAAGUUCGUCAGCUCGAUCAGGCUGCGCUCCCAUAUCAAAGAGGUGCACGGGCCAGCCCAGGAGGCCUUGGUUUUCACCAGCUCCAUCAACCAGAGUUUCUGCCUCCUGGAACCUGGGGGGGACAUCCAACAGGAAGCCUUGGCAGACCAGCUGCAGCUCGUGGAGGAGGAGUGUGUGUGCCAGGGGAUGGAUGUGCUCAAGGAGGAGACCUGUCCUGAGGCUGCUCAACAGGACGAGGGGCAAAAGGAACUGGAAGUCCCUGUUCACAUGCCUGACUCGGCUGUGCCCUUGGUCACCACUCAGGUGGAAAGUACUGCCCUGUCUCCCUGUGAACUGGAAACCACGGUGGUCACAUCAGAUUUGCAUUCUCUGGCUGUGGUUUCAGAUGAUUUUUUGUUGAAAAAUGAUGCCUCUUCUACUGAGGCUGCUGCUGCUGCUGCUGCUGCUGCUGCUGAGACAACCCUGGGUCCCCAGCAUGGAGGCUCAGCCCAGACUCAGGGGCAAGAAAUCACACUAUUGCUGCCCAAGGCCAAAAAUGUAGGACCCACUCAGGAGACCGAGAGUGCUGAGAGCCCACCAAGCGAGGGCCAGAAGGCAGCUGUACUUCCAGCCAGUGAACCAGAUCCUAGCAGAUGUCUCAGGUCAAACCCUGCUGAGGCUGCAGACCUCCUUCCUCAGGCGGCCGAUAGUCGGGACAUCAUGUGUCGUCCUGACUCUUGUAAACCUGCCUCUGAGCACCGGCCUGGCAGCACUGCAUUCAUGAAGGUGCUGGACAGUUUGCAGAAGAAGCAAAUGAACACCGGCUUGUGUGAGAGGAUCCGGAAGGUUUACGGAGACCUGGAGUGUGAAUACUGUGGCAAACUUUUUUGGUACCAAGUGCAUUUUGACAUGCAUGUCCGCACCCACACCCGGGAACAUCUGUAUUAUUGCUCCCAGUGUCAUUAUUCUUCCAUCACCAAAAACUGCCUUAAACGCCAUGUAAUUCAGAAACACAGUAACAUCUUGCUGAAGUGUCCCACUGACGGCUGUGACUACUCGACUCCAGAUAAAUAUAAGCUACAGGCACAUCUUAAAGUUCACACAGAGCUGGACAAAAGGAGUUAUUCUUGUCCUGUGUGUGAAAAGUCUUUUUCAGAAGAUCGAUUGAUAAAGUCACACAUCAAGACCAACCAUCCUGAGGUCUCCAUGAACACCAUUUCCGAGGUUCUUGGGAGGAGGGUCCAGCUGAAGGGGCUCAUUGGAAAGAGAGCUAUGAAGUGCCCGUAUUGUGAUUUCUACUUCAUGAAGAACGGCUCAGACCUUCAGCGUCAUAUUUGGGCUCAUGAAGGUGUGAAGCCCUUCAAAUGUUCUUUGUGUGAGUAUGCAACUCGUAGCAAGAGCAACCUCAAGGCUCACAUGAAUCGUCACAGCACUGAGAAGACCCACCUGUGUGACAUGUGUGGAAAGAAAUUCAAAUCCAAAGGAACACUGAAGAGCCACAAGCUACUUCACACUGCUGAUGGAAAGCAGUUCAAGUGCACAGUGUGUGACUACACGGCAGCCCAGAAGCCUCAGCUGCUGCGGCACAUGGAGCAGCACGCCUCCUUCAAGCCUUUCCGCUGUGCUCACUGCCAUUACUCCUGCAACAUCUCUGGUUCGCUGAAGCGGCACUACAACAGGAAGCACCCCAACGAAGAGUACGCCAAUGCGGGCAGCGGGGAGCUGGCAGCAGAAGCACUCAUCCAGCAAGGUGGUUUGAAAUGCCCCGUGUGCAGCUUUGUGUAUGGCACCAAAUGGGAGUUCAACAGGCACUUGAAGAACAAACACGGCUUGAAGGUGGUGGAAAUUGAUGGAGACCCCAAGUGGGAGCCAGCAACAGAAACAUCUGAGGAGCCCUCCACCCAGUAUCUCCACAUCACAGAGGCCGAAGAAGAUGUUCAGGGGACGCAGGCAGCUGUGGCUGCACUCCAGGACCUGAGAUACACCUCUGAGAAUGGUGACCGGCUCGACCCCACGGCCGUAAACAUCCUGCAGCAGAUCAUCGAGCUGGGCAGUGAGACGCACGAUGCCACCGCCGUUGCCUCCGUGGUUGCCAUGGCACCUGGGACAGUGACCGUGGUGAAGCAGGUCACAGACGAGGAGCCCAGCUCCAACCACACGGUCAUGAUCCAGGAGACCCUCCAGCAAGCCUCUGUGGAGCUGGCCGAGCAGCACCACCUGGUGGUGUCCUCCGAUGACGUGGAGGGCAUCGAGACGGUGACCGUGUACACCCAGGGCGGGGAGGCCUCGGAGUUCAUCGUCUACGUGCAGGAGGCCAUGCCACCCGUGGAGGAGCAAGCCGAGGAGCAACCUGCCCAGGAGCUCUAGGGGCACCAGCAUCACACCGCAGAGCGGCCCUCCCUCUACACUCCUGUCAGUGGCCAGACAGGACCCUCCUGGUCCUCCUUGGGAUGGUCAGGGCGACUGCAUCACCAGCAACCCAGGAGCCCGUUUCCUGGCACAGGUGCCCCUGCCCCUGCAGUGUCUGCUGUGGAAGGACGUGCAUCAGUGCACCUGCCUCAUUGCCCCUUGCUUCAAGAUCCAGGGACUCUGUCCCCUUCAGCAUCUUUCCCAGUCCUCAGCCCCCAUCUAGGUGCCGUCCACAUCUGGCUCCGAUGUGCGGUCUGGGGGAAGGGAGGCGGCCACCACACAGCAAGUGACCUUAGGGUCUUGAGUCCCCACUGGGCGGGUGGGUGGGAUUGUCCUGGUGCUCUCCAGAGCCCUACCGUCCUCGCGUGUGGGCGCUCGUGGUCACGUGGAGUAGCCACCACCCCUCACAGGGCCCAGCUUACCAUCUUGAGAUUCCUUUGCUUUUAGGAAAAAUGCACUUUUACUCUUCACCUGCCGUGGUGAGGCGGCGAGGUGGAUGGAA